AUGGAUCGCUAUCAUAGAAUUCCCCUCUUCGGCGCUCAUAUGGACCCGCCUGGUGAGGAGUAUUGGCCAUCGCAAACUUUCUCAGACCUGCUAGAGGGGUACACGAAGCGAGCCUUUUCCCAUGAAUCAGACAUUCUGCGAGCGAUUUCUGGAAUCCUAAACUCGUUUUACGAAAGUCACCACUACUUCGGCCUCCCGUUUUCCGUAUUUGACAACGCUAUCCUGUGGAAUGCAGCAGACACGACAUACUCCACAAGAAAUCCAACUAGUGGCGACGUUUUCCCCUCAUGGUCAUGGGUCUCGGUCAAAGGCGGUAUCACAACCUAUAAUUUGCCUCUUCAAACCCUAGCAGUCUGGGCUGUCGCGUCUACGGAUUCUGAUUUCCUUCCGCAGCCAUUGAAAGUCAUCGCACCUUGGGAAAGACCACUAGCUAAUGAAAGGCAAUAUUAUAAGUUGAUGCCAAAUCAUUCUGCGCUGCUUAUACUGGCCUGGAAGGAGGGUUGCUUCUCAGGGAAGCUUCCAGAGGAACUGAAACCUGCAGCAAAUUGGUCGAAAAUUGAAAGAUUAGCACAAAAACGAUGGGGAGCCAACGGUCAACAUCGCAUGAUCCAAGACGCCCUUGGAUUGGGUCAAAACCUCGAUUACAAUGACAAAUUCUCACCAGAGCACAUAUCAUUAUCAUGCUCUAGCCCUGGUGGAAUUAUGAUGUAUACCCAAUCAGUCCGGGUUCGCGUAGUGCCUCCUCAAAAUCUAUCUGGGAGGUUUGAUGAGCACAUUAAACUUUAUGCCGAAGCCGGUGAAGUUGUGGCAUGUGUAAGUGAUGGAAGCGUGAGUUUUCAGGUCCAGUGGUGA